CGCUGAAACUGAUAUGUGCGAUAUGCAAGAUGUGGUCGGGGAAGGAGAAUCGGAAGAGGAGAAACGUCUUAGUGAUAUUGCUAGAGGAUACCGCCGAGAACAAUAAGCAACUUACUAGGUAGAGACAAUAGGCCAGGAGAGUGACGUGUGUGGAUGCCGGGGGAGUCGGGUUGAAGAAGAAGAAUAAAUGAAAGAGAGGCUCAGGAUGACAAUGGAUCCUAUUUAUAACAAAUAAAAUGAUAUCAAGGCGGCAGCGAUGAUUUACAACACGUGACUCGUCGUUUUAUAUGAAAUCAACAAUGCUGCACUUGAUUAUAAAGUGAGGCCUCUCUAUCAUUUCAAACUUGUAUUGUUUGCAAGGCGAUUAUAUCAACCCAAGGUAUCCUCGGGCCGCUAGCGAACGACAGAACCCGGCUUAGCAGCCUGUGCCCAGAGAAUACAUAGCACUUCAGCUCUCUACCAUCGAGAAAAUACCCCCAGUGUGGAUCGUGGUCUUCGAAACAUCUACUCGCCUUAUUUCAUCUCAUCCAUCGACAAUGCCCUAUGUAUAUAAGCCAUGGAUAUUGAAAAGCCUGGGUGUCCCAUCAUGGGAACAUGUCCGGAUGAUGGGCGCAGAGGGAUUUCGCAAAGAAAAGGAACGCCGUCAAGAGUUCAAAGAGAAACUCAAAGCUGGACAGAAAGAGUCCGAUGAACGGCAUGUCUCAUCUGAAACAUCUGUCAAGGUUCAGGAACCGGAAGAGAAGCACGAUGUACUUUCAGGCCAGGAAAGUGACAAGCCUGAGCACGACGCAGAUAGUGCACACAGUACCAAGGAUGGAAAGAAGGGAACGACAGAGGGUGGGCUAUAAAUACCUAGCUGUUCCCCUUAGCGGAAGAUUCUUCAAGUUAUAAUGAAACUCGGGCCACUGUUGUUAGGCAAGACCAAGAUAAUUCACUGAUUUUGUUCAAGUGGCUUUGUCGGACCUUGAUUCGAAAUAAAAUAAGCAGAGGGUAUCCUAAACUCAUACUAAAUUUAGGCCAAGUUACCUAGAUAUUUCAAUCAUCUAGGAUCGAAGUCCUGAG